AUGCUCUCGGGGAGGCAGCAGCAGCAACAGCGGCCGGGCGGCUGGGACCGCUGCAGGGUCAGCGAGAGACUGCAAGCCGCCCUGGCUGGCCUCCAGGAACUCCAGGUGCUGCGGGAAAAGCAGCGGGCGCUGGUGAGCGAGGCUUUGGCCAUGCAGCGCCCAGCCGAGGAGAGCCAGGCACAGAACAAGGAGCAGCGCUUGGAAGCCACCCUCAGCGCCCUGAAGGAGCAACUGUCACGGUUGAGGAGACAAGAUGUGGGAUUGAAAAGUCAUCUGGAUCAAUUGGACCAGCAGAUCAGCGAACUGAAGUUGGAUGUCGGCAAAACUUCCAUUGAAUAUUUUGAUAGUGAUAGUAGGCCCAGUUCAGGUUUUUAUGAUCUGAGUGAUGGCGGCUCCUGCUCUCUAUCUAAUUCCUGCACAUCUGUCUUCAGUGAAUCCGUUUCCUCCUCCCAUGCCAGUUUGUUACCAAGUUCUCAGCUUUCCAGAACCCAUCUUAGCAUCUUUGAUUACCGACCCAAAUCUGCAGAUGAAACCACAGUGCGCACCCAGUUCCAACAGGAGGGACCUCAUAACAGUGAUGGAUGCCAAAGCAAAGCCUGCCUAGAUGUUUCAGGCACUCCAAGCAAGUCUAGACCAAGGCCUGUUUCUACUGGUGACCUUGAAAGACUCGGCGUGGUGGAUGCCGGAUUUCCAAAAGUCACCGACCUCAAGGCCUCUCCUCAGCUUGGUUCAGGAGGGGAAGUCCAAUUUUAUUGCAUGGACCCCAAAUACCAAAGCAAUUUGGUCUCUAAAAGUGGGAACGAUGUGUAUCCUUAUCCUAGCCCUCUUCAUGCAGUUGCUUUACAGAGUCCCCUUUUCUCCCUGGCAGAAACAGAGGGCCGCCCUUUACCUAAUAAAGGUGCAUCUCAUCUCACGGGGCCCAGCUUGAUUAAGACUAGGCCACUUAUAGAACUCAGGCCAAGGGGUUAUAUCAACAAACUGCUACAGUUGACACGCAGCAAAGGAAACUAUCCUGCCAGCUAUCCUGCCGAGUUCAGUGAGAAGGGUCCAGCAAAGAAUCAGCCACUCACAAUGCUGCAGAGACUCAUUAUUAUCCCCAGUCCUGGUGGAGUGAAAAUUAACAGCAGUAGCAGCCAGCUGGAAAAACAGGGAGCCCUACUGCCUUGCAAUAAAAGCGAAGGGAAGCCACCAAGGGAUGUACCUGAAGGGGAAUGUGCCAAACAGCUAGAGACUGUGCAUUGUGUGAAUGUAGAGCAGACAGCUUCACUGGCUGACACAGAGUCUUUGCCAGCUGUGAAUGGCUGUUAUCCUGCUAAGCCACCUGUGUGGGACUCUCCUGUCAUUGAGGCUGGGGAAAGCAGCCUAGAACGCAGCUUUUCCAGCUCACCAUUUGGAGUUGAUGAUUCCAACUUGAGCCUCCCAAACACGUGGGUGGCUUCAGCCAAAAAAUCUCACAAGAAAUCUCCGAGAGCCAUAAAGCCUGACGAUCCCGAGUCUGGGCCUCAGGAGGAGUUGGUUCACGCCAAGUUUGUCCCUACCGAGUCCCAUCAAGUUCGAGUCAGGUUUGCUCAUUCUAAAAUGAAGCCUGUGAAGAUGAAGAGGAGGAAUAGUGAGAAGAUGCUGAGGCCGGGCAGGCAGGUGCUCUAUAUGGAGAAGCCACGUGGGGUUCACCAGCUUGCUGCCAAGUUGCCUCUUGAGUGGAGUUUGUCUCAGAGACAGCUCAGGGGAAGGCAUCUGAUUCGGAGGCCUACCUUCGCAGGGGAAAGCACCGGCAGAUCUUGCUCCGAAUCCAGUCUGUAUCCUGUGCCAUUUGGGAUCCCUCAAACACUGUCCAGGUCUGAACUCUGCAGAGCGUCUGCUAAUGCCGUGUAUUCUCUUGAAGCAGCUUAUUCUGACCCAGAGAUUAAAAAAAAGCAGCGCAAAUGGCAAUCCACAGUGGAGAUCUCGGCAAAAACCCAAGUUUCCAGCCUUUCUAGCAGCCUUGCCUUGGGACCACCGAAACAGGGAAGGCGAGCUGGGAUUUUGCGUAGUGUAACCAUGAGAGCCGAGUCCAAAAAAAGCCUCCCUUUUCAUCCAGGGGCCUAUGCCAAAAGCGAGUCUGACCAUUCAGAGUAUUCUGCUGAGUGUGCAUCACUUUUCCACUCCACCAUUGCGGAGACCAGCGAAGGAGAAAUUAGUGACUAUACAACCAACCGCUUUGGGGACAGUGAAUCCAGUGACAGUGAUUCAGAGGAGGGCAGCAGCAGUGGCAGCAGCAGCGGCAGCAGCCUGACUCUUGAUUAUGCUGAUGAGAUCCAGGAGCAUGAGAUGAUCUGGCCCACGUCCACGGGCAAGCAGGCGGCAGCAGCCGGUCAAGUCUUGGCCAAACCUCUCCCACCAGUGCCCAAACUCUGCCGGAUCAAAGCAUCAAAGGCUCUCAAGAAGAAAAUUAGGAGAUUCCAGCCUACUUCCCUGAAAGUGAUGACCAUGGUUUAAAAGGGGAGGAAGAUGAUGGUUCGGUCAGCUGCUUGUUUCCCCGUUUGCAAAGCCAAGGAAGAUUGGUACUGUAAAGGAUUCUUGGAUCUUCGAUUUCAAGUCAAGGUGGUUGUUGGGGGUUUGUUUUUUUGUUUUUGUUUUUUUGCAUUUGUUUAAUGCCUGUCUAAGUGACACUGUGUUCCUUUUUCUGUUCCGUAAGUGUGCUUCCGUGGCUUCAUACCUAACCCUACUUCAUUCCAUUCUAAUAGCUACUAAGUGUUUAGAUUAUGUGUCCCAUUCAUCCAAGUCCUGAUGAAUUGAGGGAAGAAGGCAUAGCCUAUAAUGCAUGGGGGGGAUUUCCCAAGGUUGGCAGGUGUGUUUGUCUAUGUGUGUAAGAUUGCUUUCUUGCCAGAGAUGGCACUGCAACGUGUUUUCUUGGAAGAUCACUCAUUGUCAAAAGAGCUCAUCAUCUCAUCUUCUCUUUCCCCAUGGUCAUCCAUAUUAAUGAGCAGCAAGGCAAGAUAUAGAUUGCGAAAAUGAACAAUAAUAAUCAUUAUCACCAUUGCUUAUUCCGUAAAACUUGUCCAUUUGUUUCAGUUUUCUGGGGUCAGAAAGUUGUGCAUGGCUCAGAGGAAGGUUUGGAUAUGAUUCUUGGCCAUCUCUAAAUUCAGAAGGUUACAUAAUGUUCUACAAUAUAGAAUACCAUCUUUUGAUAUUGAGAUGUUUGCAUCUUCUGGACUGGGUAAACUGCACCCCAAACUGUGCCACAGCACAUUACCAACUCAGAUUUAUUGCAGGCUCAAUAAAUGUUAUGAUCUACAAAG